UUAUUAAAAGGAAUUUACUAAUGAAUUAUUGUCGUUUGAGUCAUCGUUAAUGACACGGAGAAAUCGCAAUUCCACAUACACAUCUAUUUUCAAUCUCGUCGAUAAUUCCCGUUAUAAAUCUAAAACCCGUUAUGAACAUAAGAUUCUUUUAAAACAUGCUUCUCUCUUUUCUAUCUUAAGUUUACGAAAUUCCAAUGAAUUUGUAAUGCAAAUAUUGACUUUUGACUUUUUAUAAGAUGUGUGAUCUACUGGUUUCAAUUCAUGAUAAAUAAAGUAUCCUGGACUAUAGUUAUCUUAUUGUAUUUAUGAAUUAAUAUUUUGUUUUUUGUGCAAUAAAAAAAUUUGAUAAAAUUUAAUAAAAGUUCGAUUAAAGCGCGCAUUUUGAAACACAAAUCUCUAUUGAUAUUCGGUAACAGAAUAUUUUUUAUAUAUAUACAUAUAUAAUAUAUAUAUAUAAGCACACGCACGCGUUUUUCGUUGGCUUCGUACUAUUAGCCCCCCAGCUCCCGAUAGCUCUUCAUCGUUAGUGUCCACGUAGACUGUUCGUCCGAGAUAGUAUUCCGUUACUUGCGUUCGUAGUGAACAGUGCUCCUUCGAGUUCCUGAUAUUGAAAAAUAGUUAACGACGACAUGAAUUGCCACGACGUAGUUAUUGUGUCUGCUGUCAGAACUCCUAUAGGAAACUUUUGCGGAAACUUAUCUUCUUUAAAAGCAUCAGAUUUAGGAAGCAUUGUUAUUAAAGAAUGUCUUACAAGAGUAAAUUUAAAUCCAUCUGAUGUAUCUGAAGUUAUUUUGGGACAGACGUUAACUGCAGGCCAAGGUCAAAAUCCAGCUAGACAAGCAGCUAUCAAAGCAAAUUUUCCUGUACGUGUUCCUGCUUAUCAGAUCAAUAUGUUAUGUGGCUCUGGACUGAAGGCAAUUGCAAAUGGUUAUCUAUCUUUAAAAAGUGGAGAGAGUAAUAUUAUUGUAGCUGGAGGUCAAGAAAGCAUGAGCCAAGCACAACAUACAAUUUAUCUUAGGAAUGGUAUCAAAAUGGGAGAUUGUAAUUUUAUUGAUACUUUAAUACACGAUGGAUUAACUGAUGCAUUUACUUCUAUUCAUAUGGGAGUAACAGCUGAAAACAUUGCUAAAGAUUUUGGAAUAACUAGAGAAGAACAAGAUCUUUAUGCGACUUUAUCUCAACAAAAAGCAGCAACUGCUAUUUCAGCAGGACACUUUGAUAAGGAAAUUGUUCCUGUAACAAUAUCGAAUAAUAAAAACGAAUCUAUUCUCAUAUCUAAAGAUGAAUUUCCUAAACCUUCAACUACUAUACAAGAUCUAUCGAAAUUGAAACCAAUUUUUGUAAAGGCUAAUGGAACUGUUACUGCUGGUAAUGCAUCUGGUAUAAAUGAUGGAGCAGCAGCAGUAGUUCUUAUGACAAAGGAAGAAGCGAUUAAAAGAAACAUAAAUCCUUUGGCUCAAAUUAUUGCAGUAGCUGAGAGUGGAGUAGAACCAAGUAUUAUGGGAAUGGGUCCAGUACCAGCAAUUGAAUUACUUUUACAAAAAACCAAAUGGAGCAAAGAUGAGGUAGAUCUUUAUGAAUUGAAUGAAGCGUUUGCUGCACAAUCACUGGCAUGCAUCAAAAAACUUGAUUUGGAUCCUAAUAAAGUAAAUAUCAAUGGUGGCGCUAUUGCUUUAGGUCAUCCUAUUGGAGCCUCUGGAGCUAGAGUUUUAGUAACUUUACUUCAUGCAUUAGAAAGAAUAGGAGGGAAAAAAGGCAUUGCAGCAUUAUGCAUUGGUGGGGGCAUGGGCAUUGCCCUUGCUAUAGAAAAAAAAUAACAUUUUAUAUUCAUUAAUUUUAUUAUUUAUUAUUAUGAAAAUUCAUAAUUUUAUAUUACGCGAUUUUUUAAGAUCUAUAGAUGACAAAAAUUUCUUAAUAUCACAACUACCCAUUUACCUAUUGAUUGAACAGAUGAUCUGAUUACUUAGUGAUCUUAUAUUUUUAUAUUUGUUUUAUUACAUUAAAAUAUUGAUAUAUAGUUAAACAAUUAAUCAUCAACUAUGAACUUGCAGUAUUUAAAUAAAUAACUGUGAUGACUGACAUAACAUAAACUAUGCAUGCAACUGUGGUAGUUAAUAUUGUUUAUAAUAUAUAGAGAAUGUAUUGAAUAUAAUUUUAAAAUAUGGGUUGAUAUCUAUACAA